CCCGCCCCCUCGCUGCCUUCCCCGGCUGCUGCUGCUGCUGCGGAGUCUCGGAAGGCGAUGAAGAGGUCGGAACCGUUGGCUGCUCUCCGCCGGGAAGAACCGUCCUGCUCCUCCUGGGGAGCUUGCAGUGCGAGUAAAAAUUUACCUACCAUGUCUACAGAAUCUGUGGAAAUCGAUGAUGGAUUAUACAGUCGACAGAGGUAUGUUCUUGGUGACACAGCAAUGCAGAAGAUGGCCAAGUCCCACGUCUUCUUAAGUGGUAUGGGUGGUCUUGGAAUAGAAAUUGCAAAGAAUCUUGUUCUUGCAGGGAUUAAAGCACUGACAGUUCAUGAUACAAAAAAUUGCCAAGCAUGGGAUCUAGGGACUAAUUUCUUUCUGUGUGAAGAUGAUGUUGUUAAUGAGAGAAACAGGGCUGAAGCUGUACUUCAUCAUAUUGCAGAACUAAAUCCAUAUGUUCAUGUCUCAUCAUCCUCUGCCCCUUUUGAUGAAACCACAGACCUCUCCUUCUUAGAAAAAUACCAGUGCAUAGUACUGACUGAAAUGAAGCUGACAUUACAGAAGAAGAUCAAUGACUUUUGCCAUUCUCACUGCCCUCCCAUUAAGUUUAUUAGUGCAGAUGUACAUGGAAUUUGGUCCAGGUUGUUUUGUGAUUUUGGUGAAGAAUUUGAAGUUUCAGAUACAACAGGAGAAGAACCAAAGGAAAUUUUCAUUUCAAACAUAACGCAAGCUAAUCCAGGCAUUGUCACAUGCCUUGAAAGUCAUCCUCACAAGCUUGAGACGGGACAGUUCCUAACAUUUCGAGAAAUUAAUGGAAUGACAGGUUUAAAUGGAUCUGUACAACAGAUAACUGUGGUGUCACCGUUUUCCUUCAGCAUUGGUGAUACUACAGAACUGGAUCCAUAUUUACAUGGAGGCAUAGCUGUGCAAGUGAAGACUCCUAAAACAUUUUGCUUUGAAUCUUUGGAGAGGCAGAUCAAACAUCCCAAGUGCCUUAUUGCAGAUUUUAGCAAACCUGAGGCACCUCUACAGAUUCAUGCCGCCAUGCUUGCCUUGGACCAGUUUCAGGAAAACUACAAUCGUAAGCCAAAUAUCAGAUGUCGACAAGAUUCAGAUGAACUGUUGAAACUAACAAUAUCUAUAAGUGAGACCCUGGACGAGAGGCCUGAAGUGAAUCAUGACAUUGUGCACUGGCUCUCAUGGACUGCUCAAGGCUGUUUACCCCCACUUGCUGCAGCAGUGGGGGGCAUUGCCAGCCAGGAAGUACUAAAAGCUGUUACAGGGAAGUUUUCUCCUUUGUGCCAAUGGUUGUAUCUUGAAGCAGCAGAUACUGUCGAAUCCCUAAGCAGUCCUAGUCGUGAAGAGUUCCUCCCACGAGGAGAUAGAUAUGAUGCCUUGCGAGCCUGCAUUGGAGAUAAAUUAUGUCAGAAGCUUCACAAUCUGAGUGUCUUCCUUGUAGGAUGUGGUGCCAUAGGCUGUGAAAUGUUAAAAAAUUUCGCCUUACUGGGUGUUGGUACAAGCAGAGAGGAAGGAUUGGUUACAGUUACAGAUCCUGAUUUGAUAGAAAAAUCCAACCUAAACAGACAGUUCCUGUUUCGUCCUCAUCACAUACAGAAACCUAAAAGCUAUACUGCUGCUGAAGCAACUCUGAAAAUAAAUCCUCAGUUAAAAAUAGAUGCACACCUGAACAAAGUUUGUCCUGCCACUGAGAUUAUAUACAGUGAUGAAUUUUACACUAAGCAAGAUAUCAUUAUUACAGCUCUAGAUAAUGUGGAAGCCAGGAGAUAUGUAGACAGCCGUUGCUUAGCAAAUCUCCGGCCUCUCCUAGAUUCUGGAACAAUGGGCACAAAGGGACACACUGAAAUUAUUGUACCUCAAUUGACUGAAUCCUAUAAUAGUCACCGGGACCCCCCAGAAGAGGAAAUACCAUUUUGUACUCUGAAGUCCUUUCCAGCUGCUAUUGAACAUACUAUCCAGUGGGCAAGAGACAAGUUUGAAAGUUCCUUUUCUCACAAGCCUUCAUUGUUUAACAAAUUUUGGCAAACCUAUCCUUCUGCAGAAGACGUCUUACAGAAAAUGCAAAAUGGACAGAGUUUAGAAGGUUGUUUUCAAGCUAUUAAGCUACUUAGCAGAAGACCUAGAAAUUGGUCCCAGUGUGUAGAAUUAGCAAGACUGAAGUUUGAAAAGUAUUUUAACCAUAAGGCUCUACAACUUCUUCACUGUUUUCCUCUUGACACUCGACUAAAAGAUGGCAGUUUGUUUUGGCAGUCACCAAAAAGACCACCUUCUCCAAUAAAAUUUGAUUUAAACAAAACUUUGCAUCUCAGUUUUCUUCAGAAUGCUGCAAAACUAUAUGCUACAGUAUAUUGCAUUCCAUUUUCAGAAAAGGAUUUAUCAGUGGAUACCCUCAUGGAUAUUCUUUCAGAAGUUAAAAUUCAGGAAUUCAAACCUUCCAGCAAGGUUGUUCAAACAGAUGAAACUGCAAGGAAGCCGGACCAUGUUCCCAUCUCCAGUGAAGAUGAGAGGAAUGCUAUUUUCCAGCUAGAAAAAGCCAUUUCAUCUAACAAAGCCACCAAAAGUGACCUUCAGAUGGCAGUGCUUUCAUUUGAAAAAGAUGAUGACAAUAAUGGACACAUAGAUUUCAUCACAGCUGCAUCCAACCUUCGAGCCAAAAUGUAUAGCAUUGAACCAGCUGACCGGUUUAAAACUAAGCGCAUUGCUGGUAAAAUUAUCCCUGCUAUAGCAACAUCUACUGCUGCAGUUUCUGGCUUGGUUGCCUUGGAGAUGAUCAAAGUAGCUGGUGGUUAUCCCUUUGAAGCUUACAGAAACUGUUUCCUUAAUUUAGCCAUUCCAAUAAUAGUGUUUACAGAAACAUCUGAAGUAAGAAAAACUGAAAUCAGAAAUGGAAUAUCAUUUACAAUUUGGGAUAGAUGGACUGUUCACGGAAAAGAAGAUUUUACCCUCUCCGAUUUCAUAAAUGCUGUCAAAGAGAAAUAUGGAAUUGAGCCAACGAUGGUGGUACAGGGAGUCAAAAUGCUUUAUGUUCCCGUAAUGCCGGGUCACGCAAAGAGGUUAAAGUUAACAAUGCACAAACUUGUGAAACCUUCCACUGAGAAGAAAUACGUAGAUCUUACUGUGUCAUUUGCCCCAGACACCGAUGGAGAUGAAGAUUUGCCAGGACCUCCAGUAAGAUACUACUUCACCCAUGACACGGAUGAAUAGAAGCUGUCGAAGUUACUCCAGGACUACUGUAUUUUGGAAAGUGUACUUAAUUCAGAAGCUAAAAUAAUCAGCUCAAUACUGUGGAUUUCUUUUGCCUUAAUUUAAGGGAAAAAUCAGCAAGAAAUGUAUCUACACUGAAGAAUCACAAAACAUUUUGAAGCAUAGUACACAUCUGUUGCUUCAUGUGGCUAUGAUCACAGCAACUUUGAACUGGAAUACCAUUUUCUAAUGCUUACAAGUUUGUAUAUUAAGCCCUGUGAAUGAAAAGG